CAUCCGCUGCUGACACCCGAGAGAGGAGGACACAAGGCAGCGACGUGUGUGCCGUAGUACAUUGGGGUGACACCAUCAUGAGCUUGCUACAGGCCAAGGCUGCUGCAGUGCUAGUAGCGCUGGGAUGCACCUCAACGUCGACUACCCCUACUGUAUCUGGGUUUGGUGUGGUGAUACCCGUUGUGUUGAACAAGAGGGCUGGAGCAACCAGUUUCCUGCCGCAGCAGCAGCAACAGCAGCUCCCUCUGCAUGGGGCUUCGACCAUCAGCAGUAGGUCUACCAGCCAACGUAAGGCACCGUUUACGAUCAUGGAAGCCUCUGGAGAUGGAAACGGAGAGCCGAAGGCAAAACGAGAGCCAUGGGAAUUCAGGCGGUUCGUGAAAACCCUAGUUUUCUUCCAAGGCCCAAGGCGGCCGCGACUUCCUUUCUCCAGCACAGCACGCGCAGAACGGAGAUCUCGGAGAUCGCGGCAAGCAACGAAAGGGGCAGCCGGGGCGGAGGGUGGCGAGGGGCUGCCUCCCUUCUUGGCUGGGGGGAAGGGGGUGGUGCUCGUGACGGGGGCUACCGGGGGAGUAGGGCGGCGAGUCGUGGAGUUGCUAAGGCAAAAGGGAGUUUCGGUUCGGGCGAUGGCUCGAAACAAGUCCAAGGCCUUGGCGAUGCUCACUGAGGGCAAGGAGACCAAGGGAGGGUCUGGGCUGGAUGUGGUUGUGGCGAACAUCAUAGACAAGUCGUCUCUCACGCCCUCCCUCUUCAAGGACGUGGCGGCAGUGGUAUCCUGCACGGCAGCGAUCGUAAGGCCCAAGGAGGGCGAUGGGCCGGACAGAGCCAAAUACUUCAACGGCAUCACCUUCUACGAGCCGGAGGUGGCGGACGUCCCGAAGGAGACGGAGUUCGAAGGGAUUUGCAACCUCGUGGAGGCGGCGUCGCGGUACUCGGACAUAAAGGGCAAGACGCUCUUCGCGUGUCUACCGUCCUUCCAGGAGGAGUGGCGACAGUGGGGGGCCCUUGACGACGUGGUUAUGGGGGGCGUCAGCGAGAGCGGCCUUCGGGUCGUUCCCGGAGCCGGGGAAACCGAUGCCAAGAGCAGUAGCGGAUCGCCCGCUGCGGCGGCCGUCUUCUCAGGAGAGGUGAAGACCUCUAACUCCGGAGGGUUUGUGUCCAUUCGCACCCGGAAUGCGUCUCCGCCGCUGGAUCUGUCGGCGUACGAUGCCCUGAGGCUGAGGGUCAAGGGGGACGGCAACCGGUACAAGUUCAGCAUCUACGACUCCCCCGGUUGGAACAGCAAGGCGUGGUGCGACACCUUCGACACCGUCAAGGGCGAGUGGAUGGACGUCGACAUCCCCUUCAGCACCCUCAAGUACAACUUCCGCACGGAGUCCGUCAAGGACCCCCCUCCGUUCUCUCCGGACUCUAUUCACUCCUUCCAGCUGAUGCUAUCCAAGUUCGAGCUCGACGGGAAGCUGAACCCGAACUUCUCGGCGGGACCGUUCGAGUUGACCACCUCCUCGAUUAAGGCCGUGUCGAUCGAGACUGCUGAGGAGAGGCAGAACUCGCGAUUGGUCCACCUUAGCUCUGCGGGAGUUACAAGGCCAGGGAGGCCGGAUCUCGACAUCGACACAGAACCACCGGCGGUGCGCAUGAACGAGAUGCUGUCAUACUUGCUGACCUACAAGCUCAAGGGGGAGGAUGUCAUUCGCGACAGCGGGAUACCGGCGACGAUUAUCAGACCCUGCGCUCUCACCGAAGAGCCUGCCGGGGCGCCGAUGAUCGUUGGCCAGGGCGACUACCUUAAGGGCAAGAUUAGCAGGGACGACAUAGCAGAGCUGGCGGUUUCAUCGCUCUUGACCCCAGAGGCUAGUGGUCUAACCUUCGAGGUCAAGUCGGACCUGGCCUUCAGCACGCUGUGGGAGGGGGCCCCGCAGGGGACCCCGGCUCGAUCAUACGGGGACAUCCUAGGGCCUCUAGAGCAGGGGGUGACGGGCAAGGAAGUGGAUGGGCGACAGGACUCCGGGGGGAGGCGCAAGAGGUCACCGCGGAGGUUGCGCCGCAAGAAACGUACCCGUCGCCGUCUGUGCGAAUCGUAACCCCGCUUGGCGAGAGCAGACGGCGGGCAACCGUUUUUUGUCAAAUCGGUUUUUGAAAAUCCGAGAGAGCUGGGAUCUGCUGCUGCUGUAAAACUGAGGUUGAUGUUUUUGCCAAAAACGGCCUCGAGCAGUGUGGGUGGGUGUGUGCGUGGAAUGCGAUGUUGUACGCGCAGCCGCCGUGUUUGGAGCGUGGUAGGAGCCAGACUGGUGCGGCGACAAUCGCAACUAGUCUGCACCCAGGCGAAAUGUGUAAAAUUGGCUGAUCUAUCCGCAGGCGCCGACAUGCAUAUUUGUGUGGUGUGGUCGGUUGCCUCCUAUGUAAGUGCGUGUGGGAAAAUAGGUGGAGCGAAGCGGGUACAAACGCGGGAUGUUUCCUGUCUUCAAGGUUUCCACCAAAAAGAUCGUCCAUUCUUUUGUGGGCCACCUAACAUACACCCCCGGUCAACGGCUAGUUUUUGUGGCGAAGCAACGCGUGUUUCGAGGCAUGAGCAAUGCCGGCGGUAUGUAGACUACAUGUACAGAGGACGUGGACUCCUUUCGACGCGGGAUACCGUGGGAGCGAAUACGUCUCCCCCACCCGGUU